CCGCAUGGCCGGGGGUCGGAGCGGGGCGGUAGCGCCGGGCUGUGCUGAGGAGAACAACUCAUCUCCCCACCGAGGAGCAGCUCCCUUCCCUUCAGGUGCCUGCAGUGGAGAGGGGCUCAGCUACCUCCUUCCUAUGCCCUCUGAGCUCUGCGGGCCUUGCCAGACACAUCUGUGAGGGCCAGCUGCUACCAGCGCACGAUGAAGGCCUGGUUCUCUGAGUCGGGGCAAAGAGUGGAAGUUUUCAUCCCCUCUCGGCGCUGGUUCCGGCCGCUCCUGAGGCGCUGCUGCCAGGCCUGCACCCCGAGGAGCUGGGAUGGCUUCUACCACGCUCGUCUCUCCUCCCUCGGCUUCCACAGUGCCACCUGGGUGACGGAGGAGGACACCAGGUUCAGGGGCUGGCUGGUGCGACGGAUCUGCUGCAUCCUGGCUGUGGGCAGCUGGAAAGUGCUCACCGACACCCCCAGGGACCUCCUGGAGAGAGUCUGCAGCAAUAAGAGGGUGCAGGAUGUCGCUGCCAGCCAGGCACGCAGCUGCAGAAGGGACAGCGAGUUCCAGCAGCAGUGCAAGGAGAAAGUCCUGGGGAUCCUGGCUAGGAUCCAGGCCCCGCUCUGCCUCCCCGUGCUCAGGCUGUGCUGCUGGGCUCUGCUUCGCUUUCUGAGCCGCCUCUUUCUCAGCGUGCAGCUGCACCGGGGGCAGCUGGAGAUGGUGCUGAGGGCCGCCAGGACGCCCGGCGUGCCGCUGGUUUUCCUCUCCACCCACAAGUCCCAGGUGGAUGGGCUGCUCUUGUCCUUCCUCCUCUUCUCCCAGGGCCUGGGGGUGCCCAGAGUGACGGUGGGCAACUUGACCUGCAGCCCUCGCCUGCGGGCCUUGCUUGGCUGUCUGGGAGCAGUUUUCCUGCCCACGAGUGUGGAGCAGGCUUUGAGUGGUCAGGAUGGAGAGCUCCCAGCAGCUGUGCUGACCUCGUACGUCGAGGAGGUGCUGAGGAGCCAGCAGCCUCUGGUGAUCUUCCUGGAGGAGCCCUGUGCCCUGUGGCACCUCUCCAGCGCGGCCCGUGCCUGGCUGGCCCCGCUGUGCCGCGCUGUGCAGGAUGGUGCUGUGCCUGACAUCCUCCUGGUCCCUGUGGGCAUCGCCUACGACCAGACGCCCGACAGAUUCUGCACGAAUGGAGCGCACAGCGCUCAGCCCCUCGGCCUCGGGGCCUGCCUCUGGGCUGCGUGCCAAGCCCUGUGCCGGUGCUUUGGCUGCGCUCGUGUGGACUUGGCCCAGCCCUUCUCCUUGCAGGAGUUUGUGACACAAAGCCUCAUCUGUCGGAGCACCAUGGGGAAGCCACUGGAGGAGCUGCUGCCCACCAUCCUCGGUGUGCUACAGCCGGAUUACAGCAGGGCGGAUGGUCCGGAGCACGGAAUGACCACCAGCUCAGAGGCAGAAGAGGAAAUGAUGGUGACAAAGCUGGGCCUGCAUGCCCUGAGCGCACCUGCGCUGGAAACAGGCCGCAAACAGCAGUGCCUCUUGCUCCUCGCAGAUGCCAUUGCGUGCUCUGCCAUCACAGCUGUGGGGAUCACAGCGGCGCUGCUGCUGCACAAGCACCGCAAGUGCGUGCGGCUCUCACAGCUCAUGGCAGACUUUGCGUGGCUGCUGGAGGAGACGCUGCUACGGCAGCAUGAUGUGAGCUUCUCGGGGCAGCUCUGUGCCCUGGUGCUGCACAGCUUGGCCCUGCUCAGAGCCCACCUCACCCUCUACCAUCUUGCACCCCUGGGUGAUGUCAUGGUGGUCGUCAAGGACUCAGCAGAGACGCAGUGGGAGCUGAGCCGCCACAGCGCUCAACUUGUGCCCGUCUUUGCCAGUGAGGCGGUGGGAGCCUGUGCCAUCCGUGCCCUGCUGCUGGAGCUGCUGCCCUUUGUGGGGGAGGCCCCCUGCCCCUCCAGCAUCACCUUCAGUGAGGACGAGCUGCACCGCAAGAUCCUGGCGCUGCUGCAGCUGCUGCCCCCCAACCUGCUGGGGCUGAAGCCCUGCCAGCCCCUUGACUGCCAGAGCCAGGAUGUCUUGGACAAGCUCACACUGUGCGGGCUGCUGGAGGCUGAAGAGGAGGGUGAGCGCUAUCUCUGCGAUGUGUCCUCGUGGCGAUGCGGCAGGACUCUGCAUUGGACCGACCUGGACUUCAGUGACAGUGACAGCGAUGACAGCCACCGCAAACGCUGCUUCAGGAUCCGCGAGCCCAAAGACUCACCUGGCUUCCUCCUCUUCUUCUGUCACCUCCUCAGCCCUGUGCUGGCGACCUAUGUGCGAGCAGUGGCUUUCCUGGAACAACACAGCUGGCCCCAGCCAGAAGCAAUGUGUGCAUGUGCACUGCAGCAGUUCCUGGCAGAGGAGGACGGUUUGGAGUGCCCCAUGCGCACCUCCAGGAGCCUGGUGCUGAGCACACUGCAGAGCUUCAAGAACAUAGGGGUGCUGAAGGAGACGCAGAGCCCUUUGGGGCCCCUUCUGCACCUCGUGCAGCCAUUCAGCUCCAGCGAGGGCCAAGGGAAGCUGCGAGCCUUCCUUGAGCAGUUCAUGCAGCUGUAGCCACCAACCCUGCAGAGCAAUAAAGUCGGGUGCAGCAGCUG